AGAGUUGUCAAAGUCAAGUCAAACGUCAUAGUAUGAUUCCCUAUUUUUAGCAAUACUAGUUUCCAAUUAAUUUACCUAGAAAAAUGUCGAAUAUAAUAGAUACUCUAAUCGAAAUGGGCUUUAAUAAAGAAAAGGCUGAACUGGCUGUGAGCCGGACGGGCAGCAGCGAUGUGCAGGUAGUAAUGGACUGGCUGCUCUCUCACGACGCGGACGUAGACGUCCCUCCGCAAAUACCUACCAAUGAUAAUUCCAGUACGAAAGAUAGCGAGGACGUCCCCGAGGAGGACUCAUCCAAACCAGAAACACCCGCACCCGUCGUUAAAUCAAUACAAUGCGAUCAUUGCGGGAAGCUGUUUCAAACCAACGAAGAGGUGGAGUUCCACGCGUCGAAGACAGGUCACGAGAAUUUCUCUGAAUCGUCCGAGGAGAAGAAACCGCUCACCGAUGAAGAGAAAAAGGAGAAACUGGCUAAGAUCGAGGCCAAGCUGAAGCAGCGCCGCCUGGAAAGGGAAUCCAAGGAAAAGGAGGAGGCCCUGUUGAGGGAAAAGAACCGAAUCAAAUCGGGUAAAGAGCUGUUGGAGGCGAAGCGAAAGCAUGAGGAACUAGAAAUGAAGAAGUUUUUAGAGCAGAAGAAAAGGGAGAAGGAAGAAGAGCGGUUAGCGAAGCAAAGAAUCAGAGAACAAAUAGAACAGGAUAAAUUAGCGCGCAAGGCGAAAUUCGGCGGCGUCGUGGAGGAAUCGGCGACGUCUAGCGCCCCGACGCCUGCGGCACCCGCGGCUGCGACCGUUACAAAAGUGCAAACUAAUUAUUCCAAAGCCAAGCUACAGAUUAAGCUUCCCGAUGGGACGGGUUUGACUGAAACGUUCGGAGCGAAAGAGCCCCUUUCGGCCGUUAGAGUGUUCAUCGAAAUGAAAGGGAAGGUAAAAGAGGGCGCGUUUACUUUGAUGACCACUUUCCCAAAGAAAAUAUUUGUAUCGGAUGAUUAUGACAAACCCUUGGAUUCUUUAGGUCUAGCCCCCACAGCAGUGCUUAUUGUACAAAAGAGUAAAUAAUACUUUCAGCAUUUACGUUGCUACUACGCGAGUUUUAAGUUUAUUGUAUAUUUUUAUAAUUACUCACUCAAUAAAUUCGUUUGUUAA